AUGCCACAACCUGAACCUUCUGCAAUAACAACAACUACUACAACAGUGAACUUGACCACUAACAGCAGUACCGCAGUGAAUGGUGAUAUUAGAUCUGAAGGAUCUGCAGUUAUCUGUCAAGACCAAAAAGCAAGUGUGGAGAAUCAAUCGAUGAUGGAUUCUUCGAAAAAUAUGCCUCAACAACAACAGCAGCAGCAGACGCAACAAAACCAAAGAGAUGAAUGCCGUAGUCUGAAGAAUGUUGAUUCUGAUAUGGAAGAGGAUGACCCAAAUAGACAUCUGGCUAAAGUUGAAAUACCUAGAGAUAUAAGAAAUCGUGUCAAACUCUACGUUUUAUGCGACCAACGAAUCUGGGAUGACAAAGGUACCGGACAUGUGGCAUGCGUCCCGUCACCCGAGCAUCAAGGAGCUACCUUCAUAGUGGUUCGACUUGAGCAAAAUGGUUGGUAA